GCCCUCCGGAGCAGAGCAGGCAGCUGUAUGAGCCGCUCAGCUUUCAGUGAGUUCAGAAAACUGUUUGCAUACCAAUCUUCCCCCAAACACUGCGUGCGGGUCUAAAUUGGGAUCGCCGAUCUCGUAGUGGUGGAUCUUUUUUCACAGUUGGACGCCGUUGGGCACGUUUCACUCCAGUGGACAUCCCAGCUGAUUCCGCCUUUCCUUUUUUUUCUUUUCUUUUCUUUUUGGUUUUGUUUCACCUGAAUACGUAGGUUGCAAUCAGUAGUAGCAGCUCUCAGAAAUAGGCUGUGAGUAGCAGCGAAAGCAGCGUGUCACAGCCAGAGGUUUCGGCACUGAGCCCAUGAAAACAGGAGAGGAGAGAAAAGCGAGAGAAGUCAUCAGCUUCACCUGAACGAAGACGAGGAACAAGCAGAUACACAUGGGGCAGGGAGAGGCUUCAGCACGGGGGACAACCAUGGAGGGGGACUGUCUCAGCUGCAUCAAGUACCUCAUGUUUGUCUUCAAUUUCCUCAUCUUUCUGGGGGGCUCUUUCCUCCUUGGAGUGGGAGUGUGGGUACUGGUGGACCCCACAGGGUUCAGGGAAAUCGUAGCAACCAACCCCCUGCUAUUCACCGGUGUCUACAUCAUCCUUGGUAUGGGAGGCAUGCUCUUUCUCCUCGGCUUCCUGGGCUGCUGUGGAGCCAUCCGUGAAAACAAGUGUCUGCUCCUCUUUUUCUUCAUGCUCAUCCUCCUGAUCUUCUUAGCAGAGCUGGCUGCUGCCAUCCUAGCCUUCAUAUUCCGGGAGCAUCUGACCAGAGAGUACUUCACCAAAGAGCUGAAGAAACAUUAUCAGGGCUACAAUAACAGCGACGUCUUCACCUCCACAUGGAACGCCAUCAUGACUACAUUUGACUGCUGUGGGGUGAACAGCCCAGAGGAUUUUAAGGAAAGCAUGUUCAGGAUGAUGAACCAAAAUCAUGUGGUGCCAGAAGCCUGCUGCCAGCGUACCGCUCAGACUGCCGAGUCAGCCUAUACCAGCCAGGAGCAGUGCUUAUCGGGCAAUAUGAUGUUCCGUAAUAAUAAGGGUUGUUACUCUGCAGUAGUUGACUACUUUGAAUUGUACAUCUAUGUGGCUGGAGCCCUGGCCAUAGUGGUGCUAACCAUUGAGCUUUUUGCCAUGGUUUUUGCAAUGUGUCUCUUCAGGGGAAUCCAGUAGAGCUGCUCCAUCCACGAACUUCUUUUUUUUUCUCU